AAUUUUAUUUUCUUUGUCAAACCUGUACGGGCGGAUAUUCCGUUGAAACAAACCCUCUAUUUUUGUGGGUAAAAUCUAAGAACUUUCGGAUCUGAGACGGGUUUUGGUAGAUUUUUUCUGACAAGACGGUGAUGAUGAUGAUGAUGGUGGUGGUAAAGCUGUGAUUUCGUGUUGAAAAUUCGAUUCUCUUUUAAAGUUUUGUUUUUUUUUUUUUUCGUUGGUGUUAUUUCAAUGCCUUUAGAUCUGACACCAUGAGGAAGAAGCUCGAUACUCGGUUUCCUGCUGCUCGGAUUAAAAAGAUAAUGCAAGCGGAUGAGGAUGUUGGCAAGAUAGCGUUGGCAGUGCCUGUUUUAGUUUCUAAAGCAUUGGAAUUAUUUUUGCAAGACCUUUGUGACCAUACAUACGAGAUCACCCUGCAGAGAGGAGCGAAGACUAUGAGUGCAUUGCACUUAAAACAUUGUGUACAUAACUAUAAUGUGUUUGAUUUUCUGAGGGAGGUGGUCAGCCGGGUCCCAGACUAUGGUCAUGGCCAUUCUGAUGCUGCUUCUGAUGAUCGUGCCAUUUCAAAAAGAAGGAAAGCUUCAGCUGAUGAAUGCAAUGAAAGUGAUGAGGAGUUAAAGAAAACCAAGAUGCAUGAGAUGAGUCAUGCUGGCAGCAGUGGCAGAGGAAGAGGCCGGGGUCGAGGAAGAGGCCGUGGACGAGGUGCUAGAGCAGCAGAAAGAGAAGCUGCCCGUCUUGAGACUGGAUCCGAUCCCUGCACAUCGCUUCAGAACAGCAGCAAAGAUAACCAGAACCCUGACACAUUGAUGGAUAACAGUUCCGAGGCAAAGGAAUUGUCAAAGGAGAAUAUCACAGUUACAGAUGGCUCCAACCCAGCAGGUCGAAAUUUUGAUCUGAAUGCCAAUGUUGAAGACAAUGAGGACAGAAAGGCCGCAGUAGCGGCGGCUGCAGCAGCAGCAGCCGCCGCUCACGCCUCCUCAGCUGGGCCUACUACAGAGACUCGACACGAAGAGCUUCCUGGCUGGUCUCUGUCCGACAUGGACAAGAUGGCCAUUGACCCCCUUCAGCUUGCACGCCUCAGCACAAGGUUAGAUGAGGAGGAGGAGGAAGAUUAUGAUGAGGAGGACUAACCAUGCAUGAAAAAUGAGCCCUUAUUUUAGUGUUUAGUAAUCAGAAACAGAUUAACGCUACGCACAUGGUGUGUCAAAGGAAUAAAAAAGAACAUGGAUUAGUGCAAAAGGUGACCUUGUCGUUGGAGAUGAAAGCAUGCCCCAUGCAGUCAGUUUCUUCUUCUACAAGAUCUGGAAGGUUUUUAAUUUUCUCUUAUUUUAGUUUGUCUCCAUCAUUACAUGUUUCUAUCAUACCACUUGCUAACUAUCAUUUCCAAAGGUAGAGAGCUCCCUGGCAACUGAAGAAACAUUAGUUUGUGCACUUUCACUCUUUAAAUCAAUGUAUGGCAGCCUUGUUAGAGGUAGUAUAGUAGAUUGAUUGCCCCCUUUGAGAA